AUGUGUCAUACACGUCAAGGGCGCACAAGGCCAGGUCUGGGGUGUGGUCUUGGUGGAGCCCUGGGGGUUUUGGUCGCUGGCAAAGCACCAACACGACCUCAAGAGGGCGGCAAGGCGCGUGUCAGGCUGACCACUGAGAAGGAGGCUAUAUGGAGUUGGUUGGGAGUCUUGGUGAAAGUUGCACAUUCUAUAGUCACAGUUGGGGGCCUUCCUCACGCGGGACGUACGUUUGUUACAAAUGACAAGGCCCCGACAACUCUAAAAAUUCGCCUGACGCUCAGGAAAGCAAGUGGAGGCCAAGCCAUCAAUGGGAGCUCGUCCUUGGUUCAGGGUACUUCGGGCGGCAGGCAGCCGACGACGGUUCGGGACAGGGAUCUACAAUACAGCCACCAAAUGUGGUACUUGUCGCAGCUACGCAGGGGGUAA